AAAAAGAAACAGUGGCAUUCCACGACCCCUUGAUGACCUUUUGACGCAUUGGUCCCUGGUCUAGUUCAACUGCCUGAUGAUUUUUCCGAUCCACCUUUACAGAUAGCUUUCUCCGACUUGCUCUACAAGACAUAUAUUCCCUUUAAAUAGUUCAGGGAGCCAAGAAGCAGAGUAACGACGACGACGACGAAGACGAAGACGAAGAUGGGUCUUGUUUCUCUGCUCAUUCUCUCCCUCUUGGUCUCCAUGUCCGGCGCAGAGUUCUCCGGCAAGGUGGGGGUAAACUACGGCCAGCUAGGGAACAACCUACCGUCACCGUCACGGUCGGUGGAGCUGAUCAAAUCCCUGAAAGCCAAGCGGGUGAAGAUCUACGAUGCCAACCCAGACAUCCUCAAAGCCCUCAAACACACCGACAUCCAAGUCUCCAUCAUGGUCCCCAACCAGCUCAUCGUCAACAUCUCCUCCAACCAAACCCUCUCCGAUACCUGGGUCCGAUCGAACGUCGUACCCUUUUACCCGGACACCAUGAUCCGCUACCUCCUCGUCGGCAACGAAAUCCUCAGCUCCUCCGACAACCAAACCUGGUACAACCUCGUCCCUGCAAUGCGCAGAAUCAGAAAUUCCCUAAAAACCCAUGGCAUCCGCAGGGUCAAAGUCGGGACCCCCUCUGCAAUGGACGUCCUACAAUCAUCAUUUCCACCCUCCAACGGCACGUUCCGGUCUGACAUUUCGGGUCGGGUUGUAAAACCCAUGUUGCAGUUCCUGAACCGAACCAAGUCCUUUUUCUUCCUGGAUGUGUACCCUUUUUUCCCUUGGUCCUCCGACCCGGUCAAUAUCAAACUAGACUACGCACUGUUGCAGGCCAAGAACACGACCUAUACGGACCCGGGUUCGGGUCUCACCUACACCAACCUGUUUGACCAAAUGGUCGACGCUGUGAUUUUCGCUAUGAAGCGACUCGGGUACCCUGAUAUCCGGGUCUUUAUCGCCGAAACGGGUUGGCCCAACGGCGGCGAUUAUGACCAGAUUGGCUGCAAUAUUUACAACGCUGCCACUUACAACCGCAACGUGGUCAAGAAGUUCACGUCCAAACCGCCGUUGGGUACGCCGUCCCGGCCGGGUAAGGUCCUGCCUGCGUUCAUUUUCUCUCUGUAUAACGAGAAUCAGAAAACGGGUGCGGGUACGGAGCGUCAUUUCGGGCUGUUGUACCCGAACGGGUCGCCGGUGUACGGGAUAGACUUGGCCGGAGAGACGCCAGAGUCGGAGUACAAGCCGUUGCCGGAGCCGACGAACAACGAGCUGUACAAGGGGAGGAUAUGGUGUGUGGUGGCAAAGGGAGCCAAUAGGAGUGAUGUUGGGUCGGCGUUGUCGUACGCGUGCUCGCAGGGGAACAAAACAUGUGACCCGAUCCAGACCGGUGGAAAGUGUAAUAAACCCGAUUCGUUGGUUUGGCACGCGAGCUACGCGUUCAGUUCUUAUUGGUCGCAGUUCAAGAAGGCCGGUGGGACCUGCUACUUCAAUGGGCUCGCUGCACAGACAAUCAAGGAUCCAAGUUAUGGACACUGCAGGUUUCCAAGUGUGACACUUUGAAGGAGAUAGUCGAUCGUAUAAUUAUUUAUUUAUUAUUUUCAGGAUAAUUAUUAUAAUGGGCGUCCAAAUCCCUCAUCAGAGAUUUUGAUGCUAUUCCUUAGUCUUCUUUACCUCAACUUGUUAUGUACUCUGCUUUGGCAUUUUCAUUUAAUAACCACUAGCCUCCAACGGCUAUAUUUUUGGCGGUCAACUAACGGCUCUUUUUUGUCCCCCCUAGCGUGGUCAUUGGUGGUAAACACUAAAUAGUCGUACCUUUUGAGGACUAAAGGCCAAUAUUAUAAUGUUCAUUGCUUUUAAUGACUUUUUGCUGGGAAAAGUUGCCCCCUUUUUUCUUUUUCUUUUUUUGAAUUAUUUAUUUUUAAGAAUAAGAUUCUCUCCAUUUUGGUUAUUC